UCAGGACGUCGCAUGCCUAAUUAAGGCUGCCCUCUGGCCCGUGCCCUUCAAGGGCCCAGGAGCUGUGUAUACGCCCUCCUGGCCAAGCCAGGAGGGCGUGGCGUACACACCGCUGCUGAGUUCAGGAUGGCCCUGGCCAGGGGGCAGUGGGUAUGUGCAGAUUUCGUCGCCCUGUCAGCCGAGGGCAGCCAUGGGCAAGGCCCGCAGGGGCGCCAAGGCCGAGGCGCCCGCCGCGGCGAAGGGCGUCCGCCGCAGCAUCCACAAGGACAAGAAAGCCGCCGUCAGCGGACGCCGCCGCCGCGCCUGGCUCGGGCGCGCCGGGCGCGCCGACGCGGGCCAGCGGCGGUAGCCCCGCGGCGGUUGCGCGCGCGUCGGCAGCGCAGCGAGCCCGCCUGCGCGCGGAGGCGCGGAAGACGCUGGCGGCCCGGGCGCUGCUGGCGCCCUCGCCGGCCGCUGGUCGGGGGGGCGCUCCGGGGACGCCGUCGCUGCCGCUGCCGCGACAGCAUCCUGCCAGGAAGCGUGGCGGUGAGAGGCAGAUGGAGGAGACCGAUCGAGGAGGCGCGGGCCCACGCGGAGAAGGUGGCCCAGCUGGUGGCCAAGAGGGCCGAGGAGAGGCGGCGGGCCGUGGGAGGGGCCGCGGCGGCGGCCGCGGCCGCGGCGGCGCUGGCCCAGGGGGCGGCGUCGUGCAGAGGGACAGGGUGAAGCUCUCCAAGCACUCCCGCAAGGUGUUGGCCUCGUUUCGAGCCCCUUCGGUGGCGCCGGUGCUGCCAGGGAUGUCGACGCCCGCCUGAGCGCCUUGGGAGGAGACGGAGGGGAGAGGGUGAAGGCUUCCCCUGGGGGAGAAUCAGCCGCCCUCAUCACGGGGAGGCACGGCGGACCCUGCGGACUGCCUCCUGCUCGGCUUCUCGCGUUGGUCAGGGCCCCCGCACGCGGUCUGCGGCCGAUGGGGUGGCGGCGGCGCGGUGGUC